AUGAUGGAGCUCGGCCCGUUCCGAGUGAACCCCGACGGCAAGACUCUGAGGAGGAACAAGCACGCCUGGAACAACCUGGCAAACGUGAUCUUUCUGGAGUCGCCAACCGGAGUGGGGUUCUCCUACGCGAGCAACAACCCGGAUAAUAUCAACAAGCGGGGCGACCAGAGAACUGCCGAGGACACAUUCGUCUUCCUGCUCAACUGGUUGGAGAGGUUCCCCAAGUACAAGGGCCGCGACUUCUACAUCGCUGGCGAGAGCUAUGGUGGCCACUACAUGCCGCAGCUUGCCACCGUAAUCACCUUCAUGAACGAGCUCCACCGCACCACUUUCAUAAACCUCCGCGGCAUCUUCGUCGGCAAUCCGAUCCUUGACAAUUACAAGAACAGCGAGGGGAAUCUGGAGUUUCUAUGGAGCCACGGGCUGAUCUCCGACGAGAUCUGGGCCGGGAUCCGUGCUAACUGCACCUUCACCCCGAAAGACGACGGGCGGUGGUGCUCUGUGGCGGGGCAGGCAUUCCACAUAGGCGGCAUCUAUCCCCGAAACAUAUACGACCCGAGGAUCUGCCUUCCGUCAGCACGCGAAGGCUAUCUGGCUGGCUAUGAUCCAUGCAUGGAGUACUACGUCGAGGCUUACCUGAACACUGGCGAGGUGCAAGAAGCUCUGCACGCCCGCACCAACACAAGUUGGAUAGCUUGCCCAAGAACAAGCGUCCCCUUCCAUUAUAACCCCGGCCCAGUUACCAUGGUGCCAACGAUCAGGAGGCUAGUCGAACGUGGGUUAAGCGUAUGGGUCUAUAGUGGCGAUUUGGAUUCCACAUGCUCGAUUACCUCGACGAGGUACUCGGUCAAGGAUCUCAACUUGCCCGUCACCAAGCCAUGGCGCGCUUGGUACACCCCGGACGUCGAGGUUGGAGGCUAUGUUCAGCAGUACCAGGGAGGCUUCACGUUUGCAUCGGUGAGGGGUGCUGGCCAUCUGGUUCCUAGCUAUCAGCCAGAGAGAGCCCUUGUUCUUCUCUACUCUUUCCUCAAGGGCAGGCUCCCGCCUGGGUGA